CAGCACUCUUGCACGCAUGCACACACAGCGCCCAGCAUCAGCAGCACCCUUGCACGCACGCACGCACGCACACAGACAAUGCCCAGCAUCCCCUACCCCCUUCGGACAGGUCAGCGCGCCCCAGCUCCCUCCAGAGAUGCUCGCUCCACAGCUCUGGCCCAUCCCCUGCAGACUGGCCCCGAGCCUCCUUGCUCCAGCAUCACCACUUGAGGCUUGGAACUCUGCCCGCCCCCGCCCGGUCGCGCGCGUUACAGGCACGGCCUCUCCCUCCCCUACAGCGGGGCUCGUCCGCCCCUCUCUCCAGUUCUCCCCCACACUUGUCCCUCCUAGGGGCGGGCCCCCGCUGCUCCGCCCUCCCCGGCCUGGCGGAAAUCAGCUGCGGGAGAGACUCUGAGACUGUCACAUGACGAUCGGUCUGUGUCUGAGCUGGAAGUGACCGCGGUCUCCAAACCGGGAAGAGGAUCGGGGCGCCGGGACCAGUAGCGGGGAGCAGCGCAGGCGCAGAGGAGGCCCCAUGGCGGGGCUCUUCGGGGGCGUGGAGGGGGGGGCCACCCACUCCAAGGCCGUGCUGCUGACCGGGGACGGCGAGGUGGUGGCGGAGGUGUCCGGCCCGAGCACCAACCAGUGGCUGAUUGGCCUGGAGCAGUGCGCGGAAAGGAUCAAUGACAUGGUGAACAGAGCCAAGGAGCAAGCGGGGGUCAGCGUCACCGAGCCGCUCCUCAGCCUGGGCCUGAGCCUGAGUGGGGGGGAGCAAAGCACGGCCGUGACCACCCUGACCCAGUGGCUGCAGAGCCACUACCCCCACCUGAGCGACAGCUACUUCAUCUCCACGGACGCCGCGGGCUCCAUCGCCACGGCCACGGCCCACGGUGGCGUGGUGCUCAUUUCCGGCACGGGGUCCAACUGCAGACUGGUCAACCCGGACGGCUCGGAGGAAGGCUGCGGCGGCUGGGGGCACCUCAUGGGCGACGAGGGCUCCGCCUACUGGAUCGCCCACCUGGGCGUGAAGACCGUUUUUGACACCAUGGACAACCUGGAGGUGUCUCCACAUAGCAUAGACUUCGUUAAAAGGGCCAUGUUUGAUUACUUCAAGGUGUCUGACCGGAUGGGACUCCUCACCCACCUCUAUAGAACCUUCGAUAAAUCCAACUUUGCUGGAUUUUGCCAGAAAAUUGCAGAAGGUGCUCAUCAGGGGGACGCCCUCUGCCACCACAUUUUCCGGAAGGCCGGAGAAGUGCUGGCCAGACACAUACUGGCAGUGCUGCCCAAGAUACAGUCGGAGCUGUUCCAGGAGCCAAUGGGCCUCCCCAUCCUGUGUGUGGGCUCCGUGUGGAACAGCUGGGACCUGCUGGAGGAAGGUUUCGUCAGCACCCUGGCCCAGGGCCGGAAGAUCCAGAGGGCCUUCUCCAAGUUCACGCUGCUCAAGCUGACGCUCUCCUCUGCCCUGGGCGGGGCCAGCCUGGGGGCCCAGGUCAUUGGGCGGAAGCUCCCCCUGAACUACAACAACACAGCGGACCCCUUCUUUCAGCACACCUUCUAGCUGGCCCCUGGAGGGCGGGUCAGUGCUCUUGUUAAUCAGUAAAGAUGGCUGAAAUUACAGAUAAUUACCUCCAGAUCUCUCAGGUAGCUCCAGAAACACUCCCGUGACCCGGAAGUUGGGGCGACUCCGACUCCUCCAGCAAAGGAGUCCCUCCCAUCAGGUGCCUGAGAACCCACCAGAUGUGCGUGGGCUGCUUGAAGCCCCCGCCCCACUUGUGGGAGACUCUGAUUGUUAAGACUUUGUUCCUGAUUUUAAAAUUAAAUCUGCUUCUUUGCAAGGUC